AUGUCCAACACAAUAGACACGGCCAAAUUGGCCCUGAUACCACAGGGAGCAGCCUAUGGCCUCCUCAUUGGGCUUGGAGUUCUUUUCUGCGGCGUUAUUCUCGUUGCUAUUCGAGUACAGAAGGCUUAUCUGUCAGAGGAUUCCGGGAAGAGUGAGAUGUUUAUGGUUGCAAAUCGAUCUGUCGGUACGGGCUUGACAGCUUCUGCCGUGUUCUCGUCAUGGAUGUGGAUCAAUGAAACGGUGUUGGCGGCCGCAAUGACGUAUCGUUAUGGAUUGGCGCUUCCUCUGUGGUGGGGAUCUGGUCUCUGUUUCCAAAUUGUACUAAUGGCUGCUCUGGGCGUCAUGGCGAAAAUUCGAGUUCCCUACGCGCAUACAUCACUUGAAAUUGUUCGAAUGCGAUAUGGUCGGAUUGCCCAUCUAACGUUUAUCGGACUCAAUCUGGUGAACAAUGUCUUUGGAUGCGCCUCAAUGAUCAUGACGGGCUCCCAGCUUAUCUAUGGCGUUUCUGGGAUGAACUUUGUCGCAGCAACUAUUCUCAUUCCACUUGGAGUCGUACUCUAUACAGCAGUGGGUGGUCUCAAAGCCACAUUUCUGACCGAUUUCUUACAUACUGCAAUUGCUUUGAUUCUCAUUAUCUAUUUCACUCUUGCCGUCUUAACCAACUCGAAAGUUGGAGGACUGAGUGGCCUUUACGACAAGGUGGUAGCUACAGCAAACGAUAAUUAUGUUUCCGGGAACUACGAAGGAUCGCUUCUCACUUUUAAGUCAAAGGGUGCCAUCAUCUGGGGGUUGAUCCUGAAAUUCGGGAACCUGGCCCUCGUCGUUAUGGAUACCGCGUUCUGGCAGAAAUCAUUUGCAACAGAAGUUCGAGCCACGGUUCCCGGCUACAUAAUUGCUGCACUAGCGGUGUUCGGGAUACCAUGGGGACUAGGAACCGUCAUUGGAUUGGCGACUCGAGCGAUCCACAAUACGCCAAUAUUCCCUACCUACCCCGGUCCGCUUACUGACACCGAGGUUAAUAUGGGCAUGGUCAUGCCAUAUACUCUGAAGGCUCUUAUCGGAGAUAGAGGAAUUAUCGGAUUCUUUUUCCUUCUUUUCAUGGCUCUUACCAGCACGGUUUCCUCGUCUUUGAUUGCCGUCAGCAGCAUUCUCUCCUACGAUGUCUACAAAACAUACCUCAACCCACAAGUGACAGACAAAAGGCUCGUCCGAGUGAGUCACUUGACAGUCGUUAUUCAUGGUGUGUUUAUCACUGGCAUUUCAAUUGCUAUGAAUUACGGAGGCGCCAACAUGACUUGGAUCAACUACUUGCGCCCUGUUAUCUCAUGCCCUGGUAUCAUCCCGCUAGUGCUCACCUUGUUUUGGUCACGUCAAACUCGCUUGGCUGCAAUUGUUGCUCCUGUCCUCGGAUUCUUCACAGGCCUCGCCGUCUGGCUUGCAACUGCCAAGUCAAUGUAUGGUGCCAUCAAUAUCGAUACCACCUCAAACGAGUAUCCGGCGCUCUAUGCAGCCAUCGCAUCGUUCUUCUCGCCCGGCCUAUAUUCGGUCGUGCUGUCGCUUUACAAACCUCAUAAAUUUGAUUGGCGCGAGUUUUUGCGCAUUGAACUGGCGGACGAAGCUCACCUUCAUGCCGGAUCAUACACGAGCACUCUCAAUGAAUCUAGCGAGCAAGAGCAGUCUUCGUCAGAAGCUGGCUCUAUGAAGCCAUUGCCUGCUAGCAAGCAGUCAGAACCUACAAACACCAUUGACCUUGAGGACACUGGUGCACUCAGAGAGAAGAGCCCUGUGUCGGCUACUUUAGCAGUUCCAGCUAGCCUCGAUGAUAUCCAGCAUCCAUUUGACAAAGAAACUUUGAAGGAGCUGUAUCGAUGGCUAAAGAUUGCCUCGAUACUCUUUAUUAUUGUUGUUUUAGUCACAUUUGUCGCCUGGCCCCUUCCACUAUACCGCGACUACAUAUUUACGAAGCCAUUUUUCUCUGGCUGGACGACAGUAGCCAUUAUUUGGCAGUUUGGUGCAUUUGGAGCUGUCGUGGUCUUCCCUCUUUACGAUGGAAGACAUGCAAUUGCAAGAGGAGUUAGAGGUGUCUCGAAAUCUUCUCUGGAGUACUUCAAUCGAGGCAAGCUGCCUUAA